AUGAAUGAGAAACUGUGUGCAAAAGUAAAGGAGUACAAAAGUAUCAAUAAAUUUCUGCUAGAAGAAAGAGUAAGCCUUAUGAUAGAUGUUACAGAUCGGGAAAGAAAACUAGACAAGUCAAAUGUGAGCAAUGAUCCUAAAAGUCUAUCUGAAAGUAAUGUCACAGAGAAUGUUUUAACAACAUCUGAAGAUAUUGUAAAGGUAAAGGGUAUGCGUGACACAUGUUCUGUCUCAAAAAGUUUCAGAAUCUCUCAGCAAUCGAGUGAUGGAUCUCCCGUAUCUGACUCGGCAACACCGGAAGAGUCCUCUAACCCUAAUAGGAUUCUUAAGGUUGUCCCAUUGAGGAAAAUUAGCAGUGAAGAAGUAAAGGCCACAAAGUCUAAAACGACACAUGCAAAAUGGCCCAAGGAGGGUAUUCGUAACAAGGGCACCAAACCCUCUUCAUCUGCUACCAUGGAGGAACUUACUAAAGAAGGAUCCAAAUAUGUUGAUAGCACAAUUACAUGGAUUGUUACUCGCAUUUUGAAGGAAAAUCAUCAAGUACUUGGAAUAUCUGUUCCUCUUCAAACCAUAAUGGUUGAUCCCCUCAAAAACACCAGUAAGACUAAAGCUGUUCACACCGUUGAUAGUGACCCAACUGAAGAGGAGAUCAACAAGGAUGGACAAGGUAUUGCUAAGAAUAUCAAUGUUACUGAGGAUGUCAAUGACAUAGAAGAUAAUGAGCACCCUAAGGCAAAUACUGAAACUAGUACUAAUGUUGUAGACUUAGAUGAGUACUUUGACGACGAAUUACUUACCUCCUUGAAUCCUAGUGUAGCCAAUAGGCUAAUGACAGGAAGAAAAGGCAAAGUUGUUGUCCAAAGAUCCCCUAAAAGGAGCACACAAGUGAAAAGCCAUGCCAAAGACACUGUCAGGAAGAAGAGUACUUCUGUUGGUCCUAUCAAGAGCAAAGUUGUAACGAAGAGUACAGGGGUUGGUCCAUCAAAAUCUUGGAGCAAGGUCAUUCCAAAGAAAAGAAAGGAGCGGGAAAUUGUUGAUCCUGAGUCUGAUGUUGAAGUGAAUGUCCCUGACAUCCCAUCAAGGAAGAAGCCUACAACCAACAAGCUUGCUACAAGUAUUCCUGAAAUUCCUAAUGAUAAUGUGUCAUUCCACUAUGCCUCUAGUGCCAGCAGAUGGAAGUAUGUACUCCAAAAGAGAUUGGCUUUUGAAAGGGAAUUGGCUCCAAAUGUUCUUGAGAACAAGGAGAGUGUGGACUACAAAAAGGUGUUUGUGAGAGGUAAGUGUGUAUCAUUCUCUCCGUCUGUGAUUAAUAAUUUCUUGGAAAGAACAGAUGAAGCUCAAACUGAGCUUGAAGUAACAGACAACAAAGUUUUUCAAGUAUUCACAGCCAAGCAGGUAAACAGCUGGCCCCUAAAAGAGAAGCUAACUGCAAGUAAGCUGAGCAUCAAGUAUGCAAUGCUUCACCAGAUAGGAGCAGCUAAUUGGGUACCAACGAAUCACAAGUCCACUAUUUCAACUUUGCUUGGCAGAUUUCUAUAUGUUGUAGGAACAAAGGCAAAGUUCGACUAUGGAACAUAUAUUUUUGACCAAACCAUGAAGCAUGCUGGAAGCUUCAGUAUUAAGGGUCUAAUUGCUUUUCCAUCCCUCCUGUGUGGUAUAAUUCUAGAUCAUUAUCCAAACAUUCUCAAUGAACAUGAUGUAGUGUGCAAAAGAGAAAGUCCCUUGGCAUUUCAUUAUAAACUGUUUCAGGGUAAACAUGUUCCAGACAUUGUCAUGACAUCGGUUGAAACUUCCAAAUCUGGAGCAUCAGUCAGCAAAGCAGAAACCUUCAAUUAA